AACGCGAAUGGAGGCAGUUGAUGUUUCCGAGCCGAAACUAUCGAGUCCGAAAUAAAUGAGCAAAACUUCAGUGAAAAGCCCGUGAUUGUUUAUCUUCCGUUAGACCGCGUCAGACCUCACAUACUCGUGCAGCUGUGUCGGUGGAGGUCGUGUGUGUGUGUCAGUAUUUCGUGUUUGUUGAUCUGCUGUUAGAGGCCCGGAUUCACUCUCUUUAAUAAGCAGGCGAGUAUUACACCUCCUUCAGUCCUGCUGUUACACUUCUACAUACAUUUAAAUCGAGGAUUGAAUGAGCUUUAAUCCUGGAUAUGAGGGAAUAUGAGACAGAUGCCACAAUGACGUCUAGAUUUGGAAAAACCUAUAGUCGAAGAGGAGGAGAUGGGACCUCCAAGUUUGAUGAGGUGUUGUCCAAUAAAAGGGCGACACUCAGCACCAAAUGGGGCGAAACGACUUACAAAGCCAAGGUGGGAGCGAAGAGGCCUGGCUUGAAGACUGACGUGACAGAUCGAACCAAGAAGUCUAAGGUACUGGAAGGUGACGGCUCAGAGGAUCCUUUUGGGUUUGACAGUGACGAUGAAUCCAGGCCGGUCACGUCUCGUAAUGUGUCCCAGACCAAGCCCAAGGUGAUGGAAACAGCGGGGUCCCAAGCCAGCCUGACCUUGGAGCCCAACAGCAGGGUGAACCAGCCCGCCAGUGUGGAGGCCGUGGCUCCCAGCAGGGCCCCGUUUACUCUCAGCAUGGACAGAAGCACUCACAAAGUGCCAGAGGAUCCUGGGAAGUUCUUCAAUACCUCUACUGCAGGAAAGAUCCUGAGUUGGUCCAUCGAGAGCACAGACCAGCACAGCUAUUCCUGGUACCCUUCUGAAAGCGACACAAGACCUCUAGCCCAGACCGCCACGUUGAAGUCUGAGAAAACAGAGGCCAAGGAUUCCUAUGAUGCCUGGAGCGCUGUGGUCGGUCUGGGGGUACGCUCCACAUCCCUCUUCACCAGUCCCAAAAACCCUCCGUCUACCAUGUGGGCAUCCAGUAGUUAUAGUCGCAGCAGCAUUCAGGACAAAACCUCCUCUGAGACUCAGUUAGACGAGCUUGGCCAGGGGGACUUUAAGGUUCCUGUCGAGCCAUCUGAAAGUGAGGAUCACUCACAGUCGCCGCUCAGGUCCUCCAACUGCCGAACAUACUGCAGACCCAGUAAAGGCAAGCAGGCUGGAGGACCCGAUGGGAGUGAAAGCGCCUCCGGUGGUGACUCUGUGGGAGUGUCACACAACAGCGGAGCUGAGAGCGCUGUUGGGAAGAUGGCAAACAGAGGUCGGACGAGAGACUUCACGGUGCUGCACCCGUCCUGUUUGUCCAUGUUUAAUGUCACCUUCCAGGACUCCAUGGACCGCAGUAUGGAGGAGUACAUAGUCAGCGCCCCAGCUGCAGACCCAGUAGAUGCACUAAGACUAAGGAAGAAAACAGAAACUGAGAGCAAACCCGUCAGUCGAUCAAGACCCACACAGAGCAAAGUGAAGAGCAGUAAACUGGAGCUGUUUGGAUUUAAUGAUGCCGACGCUCUGGCUGAGGUUGACAACGACUCCGCUUCAGGAAGCUCCAACUACAGGAUAAAAUACUUUGGCUUUGAUGACCUGAGUGAGAGCGACAAUGAAGAUGAGGAGAGUUUCUCUGAGAGGAGGAAGGCCAAGAGGAUGGCUGCUGUGGGCUUAGCUGGGCCAUUGGUUUCUAUAGAGACGAAUGUUGACAGUCCUCCACCCAGAGAGAGGCAGAGCAGUCACAUAACUGCUCACAGUCAUAGCCUCAUACACGAUCCUAUGGAGUUCCCAGAGGUCCAUUCCCCCUCCCUGUCUGAGACAGUGAGGAAACCUCAGGUCAAAGCUCAGGAGAAAGCAAAGGACAGCAGCAGGAAAAUCUUCAGCGGACCCAAGAAGUCACCUACUAAAGCUGUGUAUAAUGCCAGACACUGGAACCAGCCAGAGACAGAAGAACUGCUUCCCUCACUUCCGUCACAAUCUCAAGCUCCUCCAGCCGUUGCGUCAGGAGGCAGUAAAGAGUCAAACUCACACAAGGAUGAUGGUGUGUUCAAAGCUCCGGCCCCUCCUCCCAAAGUCAUCAAGUCUGUCACUAUCCCCACAGAGCCUUACCAGGACAUGGUCACGGCGCUCAAAUGUAGGAAAGAACACAAGGAGUUAUACACUGUUGUCCAGCAUGUGAAGCACUUCAAUGAUGUGGUGGAGUUUGGGGAGAAUCAGGAGUUCACCGAUGACUUUGAGUAUCUUGCCACUGGUCUGAAGACUGGUCAACCCCUUAACACACGCUGCCUUAGUGUUAUUGGUUUGGCAACGCGGUGUGCCAUGCCCAGUUUCAGGAUGCACCUAAGGGCUCGUGGGAAAGUGGCUCAGGUCUUUAAAACUCUCAAUGAUGCACCUCAGCAUGCGAAUCUAGCUCUGUGUUCAGCCUCUCUGAUGUACAUCCUCAGCAGAGACCGCUUGAACAUGGACCUGGAUCGAGCCAGUCUGGAUCUCAUGAUCCGAUUACUGGAGUUGGAACAGGACAAAUCCACAGCUGAUCAGCUGACAGCGAGAGAGAUGAACAAAGUGAAAGAAAAGAUUCGUAAACUCUGCGAGACAGUUCACAAUAAGCAUCUGGACCUGGAGAACAUCACGACGGGACAUUUAGCCAUGGAGACGUUGUUAUCAUUGACGUCGAAAAGAGCGGGUGACUGGUUCAAAGAAGAGCUCAGGCUUCUGGGGGGCCUGGAUCACAUUGUAGAUAAAGUGAAAGAGUGUGUGGAGAAUCUGAGCCAAGAGGAUGAUCAGGAGAAUCUAGUGGCAUCGUUGUGGGGGGCUGAGAGAUGUCUGCGUGUACUAGAGAGUGUAACUGUUCACAAUCUAGAAAACCAAGGCUACUUGAUCGCCUACAAGGACUCUCAACUCAUAGUGUCUUCAGCAAAGGCGUUGCGUCACUGUGAAGAGAUGAUUCAGAGGUACAGUAGAGAGGUGAACAGAGGUCUGUGUUCAUCAGGAACGCCGCUGCCGUACUGUAGCAACAGUAAUGUGGGGAAAGCUGUAGAAGACUGUAUGAGAGCCAUCAUCGGAGUCCUACUCAACCUCACACAUGACAACGAAUGGGGCAGCACAAAGACGGGUGAGCAGGAUGAGUUCCUCAACACGGCUCUGAAUUGUGUGCUCAGGGUGCCGCAGUACCUGCCACAGGAGCAGAGGUUUGACAUCAGGGUCCUGGGUCUAGGCCUGCUCAUUAAUCUGGUGGAGUACAGUGCGAGGAACAGACACUGUCUGGUGGAGCUGCAGAUGGAGGGAGGUGACGUCUGGGACUCCAUGUGUGUGUCUGAUAAAGACGAGCUGAAAACUGAAGGCUCUCUCAGUGCCAUCGCUGCUCUCGUGAAGCUUUUCCUGCAGCGAGAGCAUGCGGCCAUGUUGGCGGAGGCGGAGACUGAUGACUUCAUCAACGACGCACCCAAAUCCCAGUUGGACCAGAGUGGAGAGUGGCAGGAGACCAAUGAGGAGAUCCAGUGGGUGGCAACAGAAAACAACAGCACAGAAGACAAGAAGAAAGAAGAGGAGGAUGAAGAACUAGAUCUUAAUAAAGCUCUUCAGCAUGCUGGCAAGCACAUGGAGGACAGUAUUGUGGCGUCGUACACUGCACUGCUUUUGGGCUGUCUCUGCCAGGGGAGCCCUAUGAAUGUGACUACUGUGAGGGAAAACCUGCCAAAAGGGGAUUUUUCAGUCAUGACAGAGAUGCUCAAGAAGUUCUUGAAUUUCAUGAACCUUACAUGUGAUGUGGGCACUGCAGGACAAAAGUCUAUCUCCAGAGUCAUUGAUUACCUGGAGCACUGCUAGUGUAAUCGUGGAGAUUCAUACACAGACUUCAGCAUGCACACACACCUGCCCGGCCCGACACACCUGGAAAACAACCCAUCAUCAUCAUCGUCAUCCAGUAUCUUCCUCACUCAGACUCGACAGACUGAAGCUUAAAGCACAUCAUGCACUGAACUCCAAUAAAGAAGCUGUUUUGAUUUUGAGUUUGUCACAAGUUGUUCAUCGGUUCCUUCUUCAAGAGUUUGAUACAUUGAGUUUUACCUCUGUUGAACUGUCAGCAUGUAAUUUCACUUUCAGUGUAGCAGAAAUUGAGAGUAGCUUUGAGAAACCUUGGAUAAAGGCUGCCCCCUCCCCUCUGAUUUUCUUGUUGUUCCACUCCCAAGUCUGUAUAUUUCUGAGUGCUCAACAAUGACCCAAACGAUUGCAGGGCAAAUCCAAAACAGCAUUCGUAAUUCUGGUUCUCUUUGAAAUAGUGGAAAGAACUGCCCUCCUGGUUCAAAUCCAUUCUCUUCACUUCAGUAUGUGCUCCUUUUGUGUUAUGGAAAUUAUUUUUUUUUAAUUGAUAGUGUCAUGUCAAAGGUCUACGAAUGAAUAAAUUAGGUUUCUGCUCAUUUCACGAGGGCAGGAGAGGGAUGAAACGUUUUUAGAAUGUUUAGUAGUCAAACCACCAUUUAAAAACAUUUUGAAAAUGUCUUCGAAUAAUGUGAGAUACAUGACAAUGAAUUCUUAUGUAUUCUGACAACAGGUAAAGUUGAAUACAUUAAAAGGUGAUUUAAAGCCAGGAAAUCUCUUGGGUAUGGGUCAUUUUAGAUAGUAACCAAGUUCUGUACAGGUAGGGUGAACGUUGCUGCAGGACCCCAAUAAACAAAGUUUAUGAAUCUCUUGAUUACUGUCUAAAUAACCAAGAGUUGCACUGAGCCUCCAUUUCAUCCCACUUUUAAUUAGUUUCUGGAGUAUUUGUCAAAUGGAAAAGGUCUUCUGUAAUGAUAGAUAAUCAUUUCUUAGAACAAGACUGAAUUAAAGGAAUAUUCCGGGUUCAAUACAAAUUAAGCUCAAUUGACACAUUUGUAGGACGUAUGCAUUUACAGGACAAUCCGUAAGCAUUAAAUUACUUACCAUCUCAAAAGUAUAGCCACAAGACGUAAACAAUAUACAUGUGGAAUGAUUUCAGUGUGACAAAAUCACUUAUAGGGUUUACUGGCGUUGCUAUGACGAUGCCACAAAGUUAUCAUAUUAAAUAUAACUUUACACUGAUAAAUGAUUUUAUCACACCAGAGUCACACGUUUAAUCUUUAGUCUUGUGUCUAUACUUCUGAAACUGAGAGUAUUUUAAUGUUUACAUAUUGGCCUCAUUCACUUCCAUUGUAAGUGUCUCACUGUAAACCAAAAUGUUUUCUGUGGUAAUCAACAUUAUCCCACAAAUGCCUUCGAUUGUGUUUAACUUGGAUUGAACCUGGAAUAUUCCUUUGAUAAGGCCAGUAGAUUAGUAAUGUCUGUUUACCUUGAUGACAAGCUUGAUAGAAACUAAUUUGCUGCUGUUGUCGAAAUGCUUUAAUGUGCAUUGACUGAAGUAAAUGUUGUUUUUCAGUGCACACACACACACUUGUCACAAGCUGGUUUGUUGGUAAUACAGGCCUGCAUGCAGAAAACAUUGAAACCUUUUCAUUUCAUUCUGCAUUUCUAGGGGUCAUUGUUCUCACUGCUAAACUGCUGGUUUUCACUCUGUCACACAAAACACUAUGAGUUUAAGAAUGUUCUCGGUAGAGUCUCUUACGGUCUGAUUUGAGUUGCUGUGUGUGUGUGUGUGUGUGUGUGUGUGUGUGUGUGUGUGUGUGUGUGUGUGUG